GCUGCCGCAGCCAAUGGGAAGGCCGCGGGGUGACAUCAUGGGCUAUUUUUGGUGGGUUACUGCUCGCUGAUAAGUGUUGGGCUGCACGCCGGGAAAGGGCUCAGAGUGUGCAGCGGGCUCCGGGGCAGCGGCAGCGGCGGGCCUGCUCUGGCAGCGCGGAGAGCAGCUCCCGAGCGCGGCUGGGCGAUUACCCGGGACAAGGCGUCUCGCGUUGCGGCGGCUCCCGGCGGGGACCAGGCCCGCUCGGACCCCGAGCCGCGGCGGACGAGGGCUGAGAGCCGGGAGCGUCUCCGCAGCUGGCGGAGUCCAGGCAGCGCGAGCGGAGGGGAAAAUACUUGGGACAACUUCUGCGCCGGGGGGUCCGGCGCCGCGGGGUCCGGGGCUGCCAGCCGGAGGAGGCGGCGGGGAAGCGCUCAGGCAAGUGGCCGGGCUCUGCAGCGCGCUCCCCCAGACAGCCCCGCCGUAGCAGAAGGGGACAGAAAAGUGACCGGAUUUCUGACCCUCCCGCCGAGCGAUAAGGAGGCGAAGCUGCCCAGUCGGACACUUACUCCGGAGUGAAACCGUAAAGGAAGAGACUGGAUUCCUCCCCCGUUCCCCAGUCUCACUCGAGAGAGAGAUCCCAGAACCUGGCACCAGGACUGCUGCGACUCCAUUCUCAGGCUGACUCUUUUUGGGGUUUGAAAAAGUUCAGCCCUGAUGCGCUGAAGAAACGGGGGAAAGACACUCAAGCCACUUGCACGGUGGCCAAAAAAAGACAGUUUUGUGGACUGUGUUCUAUGACUGCAAAGAUGGAACCUACAUUCUAUGAUGAUGCCCUAAAUGCUACCUUUGUACAGCCAGAAAGUGGUGGUUAUGGAUAUAAUAAUCCUAAAGUCCUGAAGCAGAAUAUGACUCUAAAUCUGGCUGAUCCUUCAAGCAAUCUCAAGCCCCACCUGAGGAACAAGAAUGCUGAUAUUCUUACCUCUCCAGAUGUUGGUCUCCUCAAGCUGGCAUCUCCUGAACUGGAAAGGCUCAUCAUCCAGUCCAGCAAUGGCUUGAUCACCACCACUCCUACCCCAACACAGUUUCUCUGUCCCAAAAAUGUUACUGAUGAGCAAGAAGGGUUUGCUGAAGGCUUUGUGAGGGCACUGGCAGAGCUACACAACCAGAAUACGAUGCCCAGUGUUACAUCUGCUGCCCAACCUGUUAAUGGUGGUAUGACACCUGUUUCUUCUAUGGCUGGCAACAAUGGUUUCAACACCACUUUGCACAGUGAGCCUCCAGUGUAUGCCAAUCUCAGCAACUUUAACCCCAGUGCACUCAGCACAGCACCUAACUACAAUGCAAACAACAUGGGCUAUCCACCUCAGCAUCACAUUAAUCCUCAGAUGCCAGUGCAGCAUCCCAGACUGCAAGCUUUGAAAGAGGAGCCCCAGACUGUACCUGAAAUGCCAGGAGAGACUCCUCCACUGUCCCCUAUUGAUAUGGAGUCACAGGAGAGGAUCAAGGCUGAGAGGAAGCGCAUGAGAAACAGAAUUGCAGCCUCCAAAUGCCGGAAAAGGAAGUUGGAAAGGAUUGCCAGAUUGGAAGAAAAAGUGAAAACUUUGAAAGCCCAGAACUCAGAACUGGCAUCCACUGCCAACAUGCUCAGAGAACAGGUUGCACAGCUUAAGCAGAAGGUCAUGAACCAUGUCAACAGUGGAUGCCAGCUAAUGCUAACACAACAGUUGCAAACAUUUUGAAGAGACUGACUUGGGAAAAAAAGAACUAUGAUGUUGUGGUAGAGCAACAGAAAAAACAAACGCAUAACAAGUGGCAGAUACAUAAAGCUAAUGGUAAAGGCUGAGAGGCAUUGAGUCCUGCUUGCACCCCACAAAGCACAUGUGUGGAAAGACUGGCGAGCCUUCAGUUGAGCUAGUGGCAAAGCAGCACCGCUCUUGAGAAGUGCUGUUCCUGCUCAGAUGAUACAUCAGAUCUUUGUUUAAUAGUGACCAAGACCUGCAUGGACCUAACAUUCGAUGAUCAUUCAGUAUUAAAGGUUAAACUGCAAUAGAGACUGUAGGUUGCUUUCUGUAAUACCCUUAAAGAAAACAAAUGGGAGGGAGGUUUGUGGGAGGCUGAUAAAAAUGGAACUAUACUGCCUGCCUUCAAGUAAAUCGUGUAUGUACAUUUUUUUUAUUUUAUGAAAGCUGAUUAAUGUCAAUAAACUACUUCAUGACUUUGUAAAUUAUUUUUAUGUUUGUGUUCUGUCCAGUAAUGUUUGUAAAUGAGGGUUUUUUGAGCACUCUGAAUUUACCAUUUGUAAUAAAGUAUAUAAUUUUUUUUA